AUGGCUUGUCUAUCCUUUGCAACGCUGCCGCCCGAGAUACGUGUAUGUAUUGCCGAACAAUUAGAUCAAGAUGAUCUCCUCAGACUAGGCUGCGUCAACAAGAACAACUUCGAACUUCUGCGACCUCAGAUUGCUGGCUACCGAUUUCUUUGCGCAUUAACCCAGCGAAAUAAAACUCUUGCCAUGAAAAUCCUGCAGGAUAAUUUGCAAAUCGACUUGAAAGUAUGCUGUCGCAAGCGGAUGUCGGCAAUCCACGUUGCUUCUUUGAAUGGAUUCAAAGACAUACUCCGGAUUUUACUUGUGGAUCGUGGGCACAAAUACCUCCUUGAGGCCCACGAUGAUGACAAGAACACCCCUCUGAUAUAUGCCUCUCGCUAUAGCGACGACGAAACGAUAUCCUUUCUCAUUCAACAAGGGACAAACGUCAACGCGCGAAAUAGUUUGGGAGAGACCGCGCUUCAUUUGGCGAGCUCUCGAGGAAAAGAGAUGGCCGUGAACCGCUUGUUAGAAGCAAAUGCGACCGUCUCUUUGGCAAAUGCAGCUGGAAUGACACCACUUUGGUACGCUACCACACGGCAGUAUGUAGCCAUCGCAAAGCGCUUGAUGCUAGCAGGAGCAAUCGUUCCUUCUCGAAAUUCCGGCGGUGACACGGAGCUGCACCUAGCAGCACGCUUCGACAGCCUUGAACUAGCAAAACUAUUCCUCGAUAGGGGUGCUAAUCCGUCUGCUUUUGACAUAGCUGGAUGGACACCCCUGAUAUGGUCUGCCUGGAAUGGGAAUAUCGAAUUGACGUCGGUUUUAAUCUUGAAUGGCGCUGAUGUGGUAGCGACUGAUAAAGAUGGCAGUUCGGCGCUAGACUUCGCAAUCCGAGCAGGCCACACCGAGGUGUCAGGCCUCUUGAGAAGUCACAUAGGGGGCUGA